AUGUCUGAUUCCAUGUCUGAUAGUGAGUCCCAGCAUUCACCCAAACAUUCUUCACCCAAACCUGAAUCACUCCAACCUGUUAAGACAUACCAUGAAAACCACCCUGUUCAGAUCACAACAAUUCGGCUGAACGGUGCUAAUUACUUUCGUUGGUCACAGUCUAUUCGGUUGUAUCUCAGGGGGAGAGGAAAGGUUGGCUACAUCACUGGCCACAAGAAACACCCAGACAAGGCAGGCGCAGAUUAUGAUACAUGGGAUGCUGAAAAUUCCAUGGUCAUGACAUGGUUAGUCAAUUCUAUGACUGAAGAGAUAGGUGCGAACUAG